AUGGUGAUCCAGAAAGGAAAACAAUCUCUUCGACCGACAGAAACACGAAGAUCAGCCAGGAGGAAAGAUAUUGCCUCCGAUACAAUAGCAACAAGUCCAGAAAUCUCAAAGCCUCCUGCGAAGUCUGCAGCCAUAAAGCCUCCAGCAAAGGCCAAAUCUGCCAAGUUUCAAACCCGACCUUCAGCCCUGCGGGUUGGAGAUAAGAUUCCACGAGCAACUCUGGAACUCAAAGUCAUUCAGGAUGAUGGAGCGAGGACUUCUCUGGGAGAGCAGCUUGAAAUAAGCCAUCCAGGAGGAGUGCUUCUCUUUGUGUAUCCCAAAACGGACGAUGAUGUAAUGUUCAAUGCGAUCUUGGAACCCUCUGAGAACAUUGGUCCUGCCUGCGACACAGAUAAAGAUGUUUUGGCUGACCAGACCAAAGUUAGCGAUUUCAUCAGAGAGUUCGACGAUAUCGACUACGAUUACCAGACCGUAGAUGUCUCACCCAUCGGUCUUACUCCACAGUCGGUAUCGGCAAAUGCGACCUACAAAGAAGCCACAAAUUCGAACAACCUAUUACUUAGCGACGCCAAAGGUGAGUUACUCAAAGCCUUGAACUUUGGCGUCUCCAAAAGUGGUAAAAAUGUCGGAUUUGUUCACAUCGAUAAAGAGGGAAACGUACUCGCUCAUAAAAGUGGUGGCGCAGAUAUUGUCCUUCUGCAUCUGGAUUCGGCUAUCUCAGCAUUCAUGCAGGGGAAGGCAGGGGAAGUUGAUGACGAGGACGGUUUGACCUAG